AUGAAGUUAACAAUAGCAGAAGAGAAACCGCAACGAAAACCGCUAUUUACUUAUCCUAAUCUUAGUGAUUUGGAGCUUGGUGAUGAUAUAAAGGAACUUAAGAACCAAAAAAAUUUACGUCGCUAUGCUUCCGAAAAACCUUUAGCUAAAGAAAUAACAGUGGGUUGGCAUCAACCGAAAAUUGCGGAAAUGCUUAAUUACGAUGCUGCGUCUAAACCCAAGCAGUUCAGAUCUCAAGGCACACAAGCUGAACCACAAGUUAUUGGUUGGCAAAUACCACCAAAAAUGCAAAUAGAUAUGGUGGAUGGUGGCGUAUGCCAUAAUCUUGCCGCAAACAUAGAAACAAAAAGUACUCCUGUAAAAACUCGUAUUUUCAAUAAUAAAGAUAAAAGUUUUCCUUGGUCUAAACAACUGCGAAACUUUUCACCAUGGCCAGUGAAGAAUAAACGAAAAAAUUCAACCCCACGUUCGAAAAGAAGUAAAACUGCUUCGUUUUUAUGCAAUUCAAAGAAGAAAAUAUUACGUUUGGUAUCACCAAAAAAGGAUAAUAACAUUCCCAAUAGAAUUAGAAGACAACAAACACCACAUCGUACUAUUGGUGUACAGACAACUGGAAGCGAUAUACAAUUAUAUGAACCCAGUUUAAUACGCCAAUCUCCGCCUGGCAGUUAUCAUUCUCCUAUACAAACGUCACCGCAAUCCACAACACCGACACGUUCGAGUGAUGCAAAUGUAGAACAAUUUGAUUUUUCACGUACCAUACAGUCACCACCGAAGGCUAAAUCUCGUUUACAACCAACUCAGAGAAAAUUGCAUUUUCCAACCGGUUGCGGUCGUGUAAUGUGUAUUAAAAGCUGUUGCAAAUCAUCGAUCAUUGAAAGUAUCGAUGAACAGAGGCUUUCAAAUCUGCAUAAUAAGACCUAUCAAUCAUACCAAACUGAUUUGGAUAAUGAUGUGAAUAUUUCGAAGAUGAGCUAUAUUUUGGGAAAUAUACGAGCAAAAUUGGAAGCUAGUGAUGAGUUUGCAGUAAGAACCUUUCAGGAGGUUGAACGUCGUGAGCGUCAACAUGACAAUGGUUUUGAUUGCGUUGAUGGUCACAAUAGUAAUAUAUCACGUCACGGUUUAAGACUCCACAACCUCAAUCAUCGUUUAGAAAAUAUAGAUCGACAGGAUCCACUUUACUCAGAAAUAGAAGAGGAAAGAAUGCAUAUAAGUGGUAGUCCAGAUUUUGAUAAUAAAACGGGAUUGGAAACUAAAACAACUGAAAAGAAUUUUGAUCAUUUAUAUGCGAAAGUAAAUAAAGCAGCAAAAAAUAAAAAAAACCAAUCAACUACUACUUCUACAACAACAACAACACUAACGCCUUUAGGUAAAAUUCUUCAUGAAUCUUUAAAAUCGAAAAAUUCGACUCUACCACCUUUAUAUGAGUCCACAAGCCUCGAUGUGUCUUACACGUCACCAACACCAGAUUCAGUGUCCACAGAAUUGCCGCCUUUACCACAAUCUCCGAAAGGAUAUAAAAAUGCACUAAGUCAUUCCUCGUCUCUUAAUAACAUAAUGGAACAACAUUCAUUACCAAAGAAUAAUCGUAAUCUUAGCAAAUCAGAUUUGUCUAUAUAUCGUAGUGAAAUAUUUUUGGAUAAUUUAUGCCAUGCUGAAGUGGAAUGCUUGGAAAAAGUUGAAAAUAGCGAUUUGGAUCGAACUUACGUUUCUUUGCCUGGUUGUGAUUCAUACGAUGCUCAACCAAUUGAUACAAUAUCAUACGAAAUGCCAAAUGAGGAUGAAACUCACUCAAAUACUGCAGGUAGUCAUUUGGGCCUAAGUUUAACUUCACCACCACAAAGACGGGAUCAGAGCACACCGAAGAAAAAUCAUAAUAAUGGCAGCUAUGGUGGACCUCAGCCCCGAACUUUUAUUACUAAGCUGAUAGAUGAGGAAAAUCGAGAUAGAAGAAAGCAACUUGACAUCAGCAUUGAUUGUGUUAGUGUAGAUCAGCCAGAUAUCCACAAUCAUAGCAGUAGUUGUCCGGUAACGCCACAUAAAGUAUCUGCUACACCGAACGAAGCACGAUGUAUACAUUCCGCUAGUUUAAAUGAAAUUUCCAAUUAUGAUAAUGUAAACAAAAACAGCCUAAACAGUAACACCAGAAACGAACUAUCCAUCAAUGGUGGAACACGUUAUAAACGCCUUAAAAAUGCAUUAAGACAAUCAUUGCGGAAGAGUAAGAACUUCGUACGCAAAGAGACCAAACGUUUGUCUUUAUCGCUUUUAACAACACCCGGAGGUGAAUUAAAUGACCCAGAAAAAUAUCUUUCAAUGACAUCACUAAAUUUGGAUAGACUCUUUUGCUUUGGUGAUGACGUGCCUCUUGCGCAGCAAAUUGCUACAGCGGUAAGCAUUUGUCGUCAAACACCUGGUUUUGAAGUUUCCGCCGAAAUGGUUGAAGCUGAGCGUUUGUUACUCUAUUCCACGUUGUGUGCUGAUAUGGAGAAACAGCGUUUAAAUUUAGUACAAAUACGUGGCUUAGAAUAUGGCAGAUCUGAAGAAUAUACACGUCGAUUUUUUGUGGAUGGAAUGCGUUUUCCAAUUAAGCCAGAUGUUUGUUAUGAUCUUACCUUCAAUUACUUUUAUAUUGUGACCUUUGAAUGUGCAGGUGUGAUACGUUCCACACAAUCUGUGGAAUGCGUCAAUCAUGAAGCGGUUUUCCGAGAUUGUGGUAUUGAAUUCUUUUGCAUGGAUACAGACGCUGUAGGUAUGGAACCAGUUAUAAGUUGUAAGAUUUAUAUGCUUCGAUUGCGCAAGAUAUCAACAUUAUCAAUUGAUACAAGAAAAUCUGUUAAAAUGACAAACGUUAAAAACUCUAGUCCCCAGUCGUCAUCAUCAUCAGAUGAUGGUGUAUUUUCACGUUUUUGUUUGCAUGCAGAAUUUAAACUCAAACCAAUAGAUUUUAUUCCCUACACAUAUGUGGAGUCCGAAACCAAGAAAUCGGAUAAAGUUUACUUGCGAACUGCAAACAAUUAUUGUGUACCUAUAAGAUUUUGUUCAAAAUCAACUAAUCUAGUGAAAGAAAUUGAGCUUUCAGCACGUACCGAAAUGCGUUUUCCGAAACGGAAAAAAGAGGGAUUUCUAAAUGUACAAGAUCCAUAUACAUUACAUAAUUGGAAUCAGCGUUGGGUCACAUUGAAUGGUUUACAUAUUUAUAUAUGGCAGGACGAAAAUAGUGUUGAUUCGCAACCAUUAUUCUCUUUAGACUUACGACAUAGUAAGCAAACGGCACCCGUUCUUUCAUCUCCGCCAGAGUUGUGUGCAAGACCUCGCUCAUUUUGUCUGCAGUGUGACGUUUUCAAAUCUGAGGAAAACCAUGAUACAGCAGGGGUUUUCUUCGCAGCAGAAACGUUGAUGGAUCUCAAUGCUUGGUUAGAUGCAGUUAACAUAGUGCUAGACUUCAUUACCAAGUGGUUGUAAUAUACUUAGUCAAAAUCAUAUUGAUAAUUUGUGCCUAAA